CUAUUCAACUUUAGUUCACGCAAUUUUCAUAUAAAAUGGUUAAACAAAAUUAGAGAUACACCUCACGCAAUUUUCAUCAAAAUUAGAAACUGAGAGAGGUUGGCGAGGAGAGUAGAGAGAGAGAGAGAGAGAGAGAGAGAGAUCCAAUUCCGCCGUCUGUUCUUUACGCCGUCGCUCGUCAAGAUGUCGUACUCGAGGAGAACAAGUUACAGAUUCCCUUCACCUUACUAUAAGCGCAACAGUAGGUCUGUCUCAACGUCCCUGACUCUGUCAAGGAGUAGGUCAAGGAGCUAUGAUUCCAGUGAUGCUGAGAAUCCAGGAAAUAAUCUGUAUGUGAAGGAAAGGUCGAAGGAGUUCACCUUGUUGUCGAAACACAUACAAGGGAAUCGCAUGGGUUUGGAUUCGUGACUAUGUCCUCUCUUAAGGAGGCGGAACGCUGAAUCAAAUACUUGGACCGAUCUGUCCUUGAUGGCAGGGUUAUAUCUGUGGAGAAGUUUCUUUGGCAACAGGGUAGCUGUGUGUAACAGCUCUUCACCAAAACUAACAAAUCAAAUCAAAUACAUCAGCAAAUUCAGAGGGUUAACUAUGUCAUGAUUUACAGAGUAGUGUCUGGUGCAUUGACUGGAAACUGAUUGUGGGUUAUGUUUUCUUUCAGGCUAGACGAUGGAGGGGACAGACACCUACUCCGGGAAAGUAUCUCAGGCUGAAAACAGUUCAAGGUGAGAUGAUCUGUCAUUGUUAAAGUGUUUAUCUGGCAUUUGUUUUUUUUCAUGUUGUGCGUUGUCGUUCUAAUACGUAUGUGGAAAUGGAAGUACUAAGCAUUAUUUUUAUUCACGUAGAGUGUUGUUGUUCCCCUAGCUACUUGUCUUAUUUUAGAAGCCAUUUGCCUUGUUAUUUGUCUGAUAAGAAUAGGAGCUGUAGCAGCUUCUUGCCUUGCAUAAGGAGGGAUGCCUCGAAUCCUAGGAGCUACUCUAGAAGCAUCUUGCCUUCUCGUUCGUCGAGAAUCCAUACUAGGAGUCCCAAUGCAUCUUCUUCCUCCCCAUCUGUGUUGUCUAGAUCCGUUAGUCCUAGGUGGUGGUAGCUCUCUUGUCGUAGAAGGGUUUUGUGUUAUUUAGGUUGAUUGGAUUAGGCCAUUAGGGUGUCCAUGCUCGCUAUUAUGUUGCUAAUAUUUACUGGGCUUAAACUGUAUUUACUGAUUAGCUAUUAUCUGGGAUUUUAUGUUGCCUUUCCACUUGAUUGUUUGAAGAUGUGAUAGUCAUAGUAUUACUUUUUA